GUGUUGUUUUAGUUGCUGGGACAAUGUAUAAUGAAGAGACAGGAUCUCUUAAAUUGAUCCCCGAUUGGAAGAAGCAAAAUCUGAAACUUAAUCAAAGAUUCAAGUGUUUGUAAAGAAGUGGCUGUUAUAUUCUUCAAAAAGCAACUUCUACUGGUUCUUUAGAGUGAUAUAGAGAAAUCAAAUGGAUGUAUAUCAGGAACGUGACAAUUUCGGCACUUUAGGUGCAACGGUUGAAGAAGCAAAAAAGCGAUGUGAGGCUGUGAUGGAUGCAGUAGAAGCUUUACACCUGAGUCUGUCUUGCAAGCGUACUCUACUCAGGUUGAUUCAGUCAGAGCUCUCUUUCCUUUCUCGUUUUUCAUCAACUGACUUCACUCCAAAUUCUGAACCAUCCAUCUGUGUCAACAUCGGCCAUCUUGAGGCAGUGGUCCACAUCCUUAAGCACCCAAAUAUAUCCGGAGUGCCGCGUGUUUGCAAGACAAUCCUGGUCCCACCGUCAACACAAAGUGGGAUCCAUAGCACUACUUCAAAAGGUGCCCAUGUUGAUAUAGUUUGCACUUUUGAUGGAAGCCCAGUUUGGUUUAUUGUAUCUGAUAGGAACCCAAAGUAUGUAUCUUGGUACGGGCAACAAGAGUCUUCUAAAAAGAAAGGUUUACGAGCUAGAGUUCAACUUCUUCUUGAAGUGGCUCACUACUCUGUAACACUAAAACCUACUUCCUUAAUAUUUUUCUUCUCAAAUGGGCUUGAUGGGUUCACACGCCAGAAGUUUCAUAGCGAAUUUGGAGCCAUUGACCUCGGAUCAAAAUUUUCUAAUUUUGACUUCAAUUUCUCCGAGGAGCUAGGAGGUGAGUGGAUAGAUAUUCUUGCAAGAUCUUAUCACCAUGCAUCUGUACUUGAGAUAAAGGUUGAUUCCCCUCGAGAUGUGAAUCCUCAUGUCCCAAAAGAGUCCCUCGUGGCUUACUCCUCUGUUAAGGCCAGUGAUGUCAAUUUGGGUGGCUCUUUCAACACUCUCCUUUCACAAAUGAUUUCACCAUAUAAUGGGAAAUUAGAUGGCAUUCUCAUCAACUUUGAUACCACAGCUUUGAUUGCUAUUGUAUCAGGUAUCAGCAAUGGUAAUACAGAAAAGCUUUUGGCUACACCUGAGGAUGAACUGAAAACCCGGUUUAAAGGGAACUAUGAGUUUGUAAUUGGCCAGGUGAUGUCUGAAAUCCGAAAUCCAAUACAUAUGGAUAUAGCCAAGUCUAUAUCUGGGAGAAAAGCCAUCAUCUGUGAAAGUGUUUCUUCCGAGUUCAAGGAGCUAGUUUCGAUGUGUGGAGGGUCUAACGAGAAGUUGAGGGCAGGUGAGUUGCUAAAACAUGUGGUGGUUGUUCCAGAUAGUCCUUCGACACGCAUGACGAGCCUUCCAACUACAAGAAAACUGGCGAUGAAGAACAAGAUUGUUUUUGGUACAGGAGAUCAUUGGCAUGCUCCAACAUUAACUGCUAAUAUGGGAUUUGUAAGAGCUGUUUUACAAACAGGGAUGUCUCUCUUCACUUUUGAGCAUAGACCACGGGCUCUGACAGGCGAUUAAGAAAAGAUCAUGCAG